GUAACCGACGAAUUAUUAUCGAUCUAACAUAAUAUAGUGAAACGCCAGAAACCAAACUGUCAACUCACCGUAUAUUGUACCGGAAAAAUAUGUUCGACGAUGAAUAUGUACAACAAGAGUAUGAUCCAGGCGACGAAGGCCAAGGAAGCUUCUCCCAAAGAGACUCCGACAUCACAGAAGAAGAUCAAAAGCAUCCCCUGGAUGAUCUCUCCGACCAACAACUGAUAGACCUCAUAAGCGAGAUGGAGACUGAGAAGAGGCAUUUGGUGCUGGAGAACAUGAUUUUCUACGAUUUCCUGAAAAACAAUGACCCCCUAGCAAUGGAGGGACUGGAGAGUCUGUUCAAGUACGCGUUAGGCAUUUCAGAAAACCCCAACAUAGCGAUUUUUGCUACUGAUAUGAUGUCAGCUUCUGUUUCUUUGGGUGUGCCAAGUGUCACCAGGAGGAGCACCAAGCUGGACUCGUACACCAGCAUUUCUUCGUUGAUAGAGGGUAAGGGACCGAAAAUAAACCUUUCCCAGAAGAACGACAUGGUUUUGAAAGCGACAGAGGAGAUCCAGUCGAGCUUGGAGCAUUACGUCAAGAAGAGCCACCGGCUGAAGAGAAACCUUAAGGCAGAGCUGGAGGAGUUCAGCAUCAGGGAAAUAGAUAUUACAGAAGCGAGGAACAUCUUUGAGUUCAACAUAGUUACGCAAGCGGUGGACCCGCUCACUCAGAGAAUCCCAGCGGAGAAGUUCGUCAAGUACAUGGAGGACUGGUUGAAGAGUGCUACGUUGAAUAUCGAGAAGCUGAGGCUGAGAACUGCUUCUUUGAAGGGGCAGUUGAAGAAAGUGUCUGGCGUGCUAAUACAGCGACAGGAGCUGAGAGAAAAUGUGCAUGCCGUGGAUUUUGAUCAGCUGGAGAUCGAAAAUAAACAUUUCUUGGAGAAAAUUGAGCAGAAGCAGCUGCAUCUAAUUGAGCUGAAGAAGAUGAAUGGAGGUGCAAAUUUGGUGCUGAGCAAACACAAAAAAUAUCUCCAGAACCAGCAAGAGGACUACAAUAAACUGAAGGAAACCGUGGCGGAGAAAGAAAAGGAAACUCUUGCGCUGGAAGAUGAAUUGGACAAGACUGACGAUGAACUUAACAAAGUUGUUGAAAAAUAUGAAUACUACAGGGAUAUGAGGAAUAACUAUCGAGUCCCUGACGUCAUGAGCUACGUCAAUCUGAAAAACGAGUUGUACGAACUGAAGAAGAACAUGAAGAUCCUGCUGCGGAGAAAGAAGAUUCAGGACAUUGCUUUGAAUGCUUGUAUCAGGGAGAUGAUGAACAUAACUGGAAGUUCAAAGGUUGAUCCGUAUUGGUUCAGGGAUGCUGCGUCUGAAAGUGGGGACUCAAAUACGACUUUGUCUGAGAUUCAUAAUAACAUAGAUGAUUAAAAGACAGUGUUUUUCGUCA